UAGCGGUUCGGGACGAGUCUCACUAGCGAGAUGUUUUCCAGCAGCACAUAACAGACAUCGCUCGAUACCGAGCUGACAGAGAAAGGGAGGUAAUGGCUGUGUUCGGCGUUAUAACAUUUUAGGAGGCCUUUAUUUCCCCGGUUGAAUCAAUGGACCAUGUGUUUGUAUUUGUAUGACAUUAGAUAAAGGGAUAAAGGGAGUGCACCUUGCGCUUCUGGACACAAAGAUGAGAUGACGCCAGUGUUUUUGUUUGAAUGAAACGCUUCCAGUCCAGGAUGGAUGACUUCCCUCAUGUUUUUCCAGACCAGACCCCUGCACUUCACAUGGAAACGCCGUUACCGCGUAUUAUAGGCGCUUCUGCGCUCACGGGAAGCGGCUCCGGUGUAAGCAGCGCUUUGCGCAAUGAUUUAGGCUCCAACAUUCAUGUGUUAAAAACGCUAAAUCUCCGCUUCCGCUGUUUCCUCGCCAAAGUGCAUGAACUGGAGCGCAGGAACAAAGUGUUAGAGACUCAGCUACAACAGGCUCAGGAUGAGUCUCGCUGCAGAAGCUUUUUAAGCCGGGAGCAAGCUAUCCAAACGGAAUACGAGCUCCCUUUUGCAGGGCCGUUAGUCGAGGCCCGGGUCCCCGGUAGAAUGUGGAGUUACCUACAUAACAGGAGGUAUGGAAACCGGUCGGAGCUCCAUCACGGGCCUGGAGUUUCAUGGACGCAACCAGAUGGAGUCGGUGUGCAGAUCGACACCAUCACCCCAGAGCUCAGGGCCAUCUACAACGUGUUAGCCAAAGUGAAACGAGAGAGAGACGAAUACAGAAGGAGAUGGGAGGAGGAGUUGUCCAAGUGCCAGCAAAUGGAGGCCAUGGUGGAGUCUUUACAAGAAAGUGCGCAGGAGUCUGAGGGCCUACGGAGAGAACUGAGUGAGAAAGUGGAGCAGCUUAAAGCCGACCUAGUCGUCUAUAAGAGUCUCAUGACCGACGAUAUGUCAGAUUUGGACUCCAGAAUUCAGGAGAAAGCCAUGAAGGUGGACAUGGACAUUUGUAGACGCAUCGACAUCACAGCCAAACUGUGUGACGUAGCCCAGCAGAGGAACUCCGAAGACAUGAGCAAGAUGUUUCACGUCAGUCCUUCUCGAGCUCCUGCAGACCACAAAGGGGUGUCCGCAGCAUGUAAAAAGAAGGAGCGCAAGGCUGUGUCUGAUGAGGAGAGCUCUGAGGUGGAGGCAGGCAGCGAGCACCCUGGGAAGGAAGUUGCUGGAUCUCUGAACAUUACAGAUGAAAUGAAGCGCAUGCUCACUAAGCUGAGGGAGACGUUCGAGUUUGAUGAUGACUGUGACAGUCUGGCCUGGGAGGAGACUGAAGAGACGCUGCUUCUGUGGGAGGAUUUUACCAGAAGCCCUGUUAGAAAAACCUUCACCACGGCUGCAGCUACCGGUGUCCACUCCAGCUCUGCCGGUGCUGCUGAAUGCUGCGGAGAAACACACGAGCAGGAUGGAAGUCUACGCAGUCUGAUAAACGAGACCGAGUCGCUCUUUGAAACGAGAGAGCAGGAGUACCAAGCAACAAUCGGACAAAUCGAGUUGGAACUGGCAACAGCCAAGAGUGACAUGACCAGACAUCUGCACGAGUACAUGGAGAUGUGCAGUAUGAAGCGAGGACUGGAUGUGCAGAUGGAGACGUGUCGCAGACUCAUCCAGAGCUCAGCAGCUAGUGGCAGACACUCUCCAUUCUUUAACUCUGGAGCCAGCAGUGACUCAGGAAACCCAGAAGACCUGCAAGAUGAACCGGACAGGGAUGGAGAGAAGGACAGAGACAUCGUUGGAAAGAGCGAUGGAGAUACAGAUGUCCGUAGGGAGGUCAGCUGAUGAUCCUCCACAUCACACAUCUUCUCUCUUCUUCCACUUUAGAGGAUGGUGUAGCUCCUGACCCUGUCUUAUAUGGGCUGCUUCUCUGUGGCUCUCCGAGUCGGUGCUACGCGUGUUGUCCCAAAUUGGGAUUAAAUCAGUUUUAAAGAGUCUAUCCACUGAAAUUGUCUUUUUCAUCAGCACUGCCAUGGCAUGGCUCGGCUCAUUCUUCUCCAGUCCUUUUUCUCAUACGCUUGUAAAACUACAGUAUACACAUCGCCUUUCAACAUUCUAUCCUUUUUUUUACAGUCUGCUUCAGUAGUAAUCCUGAAAUCCAUGUACCACUUUUUAUUCAGCAUAUAACAACAGAAAUGGUUUGGUGUUCAUUUGUUGUUGUCAUAAAGGAGCCUAGAAUUAACAUUAACAUUAAUUCUCCAAUUUGCUUGGAGUCUUGUCACAUGAUCAACAGAAACACUGUGGUUUUUUACAUGUAAGAGGAAAUAUUGCUCUGAAAUGCAGUAAAUUGCAGAAAUUCACAUAAACACAACCUGUAAGCCAUGCAAUGUGAGCUUCUACACUAGGGUUAGAUAACAGUGCACAAUUGUGUACAGAGCACUAUGCAAUAAGCUGCUUUGGACACGCAAUUAACUGUUUGUUAUUUUUAGGAACAUUCUUGUCAUUUGUGAUAAAGUGACCUGCUCUUAGUUUAACUGUAAUGCAGAAGGUUCAGUGUUCCAAAAAAGCUGAUGCCAAACAGUAGGAAACCAAAACCCUUGUGCCUGCAACUCUGUUUUUUACAGUAACUGUUGCCUUAUUUGUUUAUUUUAGUUUUCCUUAAGUUGUGCUUUUGACAAAUAUUUCAAAACUGAUCAAAGUUACAAACAUUAAUAGCAGUAGAAAAUAUUUGGAAAGCAAAACAACUCAUGUCCAUUGUCAGUGAAGUAAAAAUGUGAUUAUUAGUAUUAUUAUUACUAUUAUUAUCGUUGUUAAUUUUUCGAGUAUUUCUGUAUCUUUAUAAUGACUUUGUUU